AUGACCCACCAAAAUUACAAUAAUGUUGUGAAAAUUUUACUUGUUCUGCUUUCUCUCAUCGUUUGGUCAACUGAAACUCCAGAUGCUGUUCCAGCUCUUGCAGUGAAGCGGCUUCAUCGGGGCUUGGAAGCGGACACUCGUCGCUAUAAUUUCGUCGCCGCUAUUUUACUUUACUUACAAAAAGGAUGGGCUUUUCAUUGUGGUGCAUCCAUAGUUGGACCCCGAAAAGUGGUAACUGCAGCACAUUGUGUCUUCGAUAGUGAAAUGGUUCUUCCGCCCCCCAAAAUGGUAGCCGUAGUGGCCGGGGACAAGAGCUGGACAGGAGCUGGAGCGAAAGCUGUUAUUGGACGUGUGGCGGCAAUCUACUCACAUGAAAAUUACAGAUCACCACAUUCGGAACCUGAUCUGGCACUGUUGAUUCUGAAGGAAGACUUGCCUAUUGACAACGAGACUAUUGGGAUAGUUGAGUUGGCACUUGAUAUACCGAAGGACGGCGAGCAAUGCGUUGCCCUAGGUUGGGGAUUGAAUGAAAAGUUUCACAUAUCGUCGACACUAAUGGCAGCUGUUUUCGAGAUUCAACCUAUCGAAGCUUGCAUUCUGUUUUACGGAGUGCCUUCCCCGAACUUUGUGUGUGGCAUGAGCACCGGCAAGAGUUCUGUUUGCACCGGGGACUCUGGUGGUCCAUUAAUUUGCAAUAAUCAAUUAGCUGGGAUUAUCGAUUCUAGUGCUAUAAACUGUAGCGCGUCCAAGCCAAGUCUUUUUACUGGCUUAAAAGACUACGUUCCUUGGAUCAAAAGGGAACGAACUUCUUCAGCAAAUAAAGAAAAAUAUUAUUUUCAUCAAGUGUGCUUAUGCCUUAUUACUAUUAUGAUAUGA